ACGCAGCGGCUGUAGGGGCGUGCCUCUGACGUCAAGGAAGGACAAAUUCAUUAAGUCUGGAGGACGUUCGUUCUCUAUCAGCCGGCGAAGGGGCGAGUGAGCGCCAUCUUAUAGGGUACCAACAUGUAUUCGUCUGUUGCACAGUUAUCCCGGGUCAACCCAUUUAAUGCCCCGCAUUUCCAGCUGGGGCAAGAACCCGUGGUUUUAAGAAAAAGUAACAACCCCCAGGCUCAGCCUACAAGACACCUUGCUGCUGCCGCUGCUUUGGAUGAGGAGUAUAGCUGUGCUUACGGAUCAGCAAAGUUCUUUGCACUUUGUGGCUUUGGUGGAAUCAUAAGCUGUGGGACAACACAUACUGCAGUGGUCCCACUAGAUCUGGUUAAAUGCAGAAUUCAGGUGGAUCCCAAAAAAUACAAAAGUAUCUUCAGUGGCUUCUCUGUAACACUUAAAGAAGAUGGUGUUCGCGGCCUUGCAAAGGGAUGGGCUCCAACAUUCAUAGGAUAUUCAAUGCAAGGCCUCUGCAAAUUUGGUUUCUAUGAAGUGUUCAAAAUAUUGUACGGCAAUAUUCUAGGAGAGGAAAAUGCCUUCUUGUGGCGUACAUCCCUGUACCUGGCUGCAUCUGCCAGUGCAGAGUUCUUUGCAGAUAUUGCUUUGGCUCCAAUGGAAGCUGCAAAAGUACGCAUUCAAACACAACCAGGUUAUGCAAAUACUCUGAGACAAGCUGCUCCUAAGAUGUAUGCUGAAGAAGGAAUUUGGGCAUUCUACAAAGGUGUUGUCCCUCUCUGGAUGAGGCAGAUCCCAUACACCAUGAUGAAGUUUGCUUGCUUUGAACGCACAGUUGAAGCCCUGUACAAACAUGUUGUGCCCAAGCCCCGAAGUGAAUGUUCAAAGUCUGAACAGCUGGUGGUUACAUUUGUGGCUGGUUAUAUUGCUGGUGUUUUCUGUGCCAUCGUUUCUCAUCCUGCUGAUUCAGUAGUGUCUGUGUUGAACAAAGAAAAGGGAAGCACAGCCUUGCAAGUCCUAAAGAAACUUGGACCCAAAGGAGUGUGGAAGGGCUUAACAGCCCGUAUUAUUAUGAUUGGUACCUUAACUGCUCUGCAAUGGUUCAUCUAUGACUCUGUGAAGGUCUACUUCAGGCUUCCUCGUCCUCCUCCCCCUGAGAUGCCAGAGUCCCUGAAAAAGAAGCUUGGUCUGACCCAGUAAACACAUGGACUUAAAUCAUUUUGAUUUCAUUGACACUUUAAGCUAAAGUUUUAUAAACUCAACCAUGUAGGCCCUACCUUCUCUGCGAUGUAAUUAUUGGUUGUGCCCUCACUCUGCUUGGUAGCCCAAAAGUCAAAACUGGUUUUACCGUAAUUAUCUGUUGCAAUAAACAGAAGAUAACUUAA